AUGGAUACAGAAGUCGAACAAAAUCCCGAGAUUCUUUUUCGUCCGGCAAAAAAAAGAAAAUUCCAGCGACGCCGGCCUGAAGACACAGGAGGCCAACAAAAACCUCAAGCUUCAAAUGGGGAUAUCACCUCACAAUCAUUUGGGGAUGAUUCAGAAACAGCACAGGCUGCCGAUGCUCUUCGUUUGCGGCGGCGUCAUCGUUCGCGCAAGGGAGGCAUAGAAUUUUCCACCACACCGCGGCCGACAGCAGACUAUACUGGCCAGGCUUCCCUUUCAGCACCAACAGAAGAUGAUGUGGAUGGUGAGCGAUUGAGAGCUAUGUGUGACCGCUUUACGGCUCACACUGGGCAAACAGUGGAUGUUGAUAAACAUAUGAUGACCUAUAUAGAGUCAGAGCUGGCUAAGCGAUACCGACAUGGGGGCCCCGGAGACUUGUCUGGGCCUGAUACAGCUGCACUGAUCAAAGCUGAUAACCCAUUAUCCACCCCCGAACUUCCUGAGCGUGAACCGGCCUCUCUGGGGAAACUACACGAAAUAGACCUUGGCCAAGAGGCCAAACUACGCAAUAUUGCUCGAACUGAAGCGGCAACGAAAAGAAUAAACGGCGAUGAGGAUGAGCUAUCCAACGAGCGGCGGUCUUCCAGGAUGCCACCCCGAUAUAGAAAGCGGCAGACGAGCGAGGAUAUCGAAAGGGAUAGGUUAGUGGAGGAAGUUUUGCGUGAGAGCAAGCUGGAUGUCUAUGAUGAACCGGAGGAGGAAGUAGCAGCCGACGAUCAAGCAGCCGAUGAUAGAGUUGCGGAGCAAUUUCGACGAGACUUCCUUGAUGCAAUUCAAUCUCGCCGCCGAGUGGCUCGGAUAAAACCGACAACACAGCCUGGAAAGGCGGAAGCCCCCAGGGGGCCUAAAUUGGGAGGUAGUCGGAGCGCGAGGGCGGCAAUGCGUGAGAUGCAAGAGAAGGGGGCUCGGAAGUGA